ACCCGAUACAACAACCUGGAUUUCAGUGCUUCAACGGAUUUAAUUAGAACGAAACUGUUUGUCAUUGGUUAAUGUCAAAAUUUAAAAAGAAGCGUUAUGAGUUGGUAUCAUCUACCAAACUGUUGCUGUUAUUGUGAAAACUGGAGAAUUUAUAUUUUAUACCUAACAUUGAGAAAUUAAAUUAGGACUGUUAGUAAUGUAAAAUGACGAUAAUGGAAGAAAAUUGGAACUAUAAAAUCGAUUUGAAUGAAAUUGAAGCAAGUUUGUAUGGUAAUUUUGAAUUGGAAGUUAAUAAUUUAUGUAAAGAUGUUCUUCUGGUUCUCGAAGAAGGUUUUAUUAGUAAGUCUAUCGACUACCAAACAAAUUUGGCUCAAACCUAUGACGAAGAAUUAAAGAAUCUCGUGGAAAGCAAUAAAUCGUUAAAGCAAAAAAUUGACAUUAAGAUCAAAACUCUAACACAACAACAGACGCAGUAUGAAACAUUUAAAAAAGAUCAAAAGCUCCUAACACAGGAAAUAAAGGAGACUCACGAAGCAUUUUUAAUGGCCAAAAAAUGCUAUAAGAAGAUUUUGAAAAUGUAUUUUUCUAUAGAAAGUCGUAAAAAUGACAACCAAGUUAUUUUUGUACAGUUCUUCACAGAAUCUAAGAAGGAUAAUGAAAAUUAUUCGGUUAGAUUAAUAAGAAACAUUAAAAACGGGAAAUAUGAAUUGCUAAGUGUAAAUCCCAAAUUGAAAUGUCUUAAAGAACUUCAGAAAGAAAUGUGUGAUACUAACAAUGUACCUGGUGUUUUGUGUGCUUUAAGACAAGCUUUCCUGGCAUUGAAGGAUAAAAAAAGCACUAAAACGAUUAAAACACAACUGGAAUAAUUAAAAUAAACAUUUAAUAAGAACAAAAUACAGCAAUUGUUGCAAAUAAUACAAUAAAAUACUAUUUGUUGAGGUAAAAUUUGUUACAUACAGUUCUUAGUUUGUAAAUAUAUUUUUCUUUUUACGAAUAACGAAAAUAUAUAAUCAACAUCUUCAGUGAAUAAACUUAUUGAAACACUAUUAGAAUGGCGUGUGCUUAGUUAUGGAAGCAUUAUAUAUCUUUAAAUAACAGACAGGUUUAACAACAAUAUCUAUAAGGUUACAACUAAUUAGUAAUUUGUGCGGAAAACUAUGUAAUAUAAUCUAAAAAAAAAUAAAACCAACAAAAUACUAUAAAGUUACACAUUUGUACAUAGGUUUGCAAGCUUUAAACACAACCAUCAAUUUUCAAUCCUGAUAGCCCUCGUUCGGCAUCAUAUGUUAGCGGCACAGAUUUCAUUAUAUGAAAUUUUUUUUCAUUUAAUAAAUAAAUAAAUUUAAUUAUUCUAUUUCAUUAUAAAUGUACAUGUGGAAUGUUAUUCUCAUGUUUAUUCGUAACAUAAAUGGAAACCUUAUGAAUUUUUUUAAACUUCAUAUCAGAUUUCAUGCUUAAAUCUAUGGUAGCAGACGGAUGACAAUGUAUUUAACCAAUAAUAUAUAAGACAUUAUGCAAUAAACUAAUUACAAUUUGUAUGAGA